AUGCUACAGUUACCAAGCAUCGAGAUGCUGACUGCAGACCGUGCAAUUGCAAUGCAACUGCAGGAGAGCUAUGAAGGUAUGCCAGACAACCGGAUCGCCAUCCGCACCACUGGAGAUGGAGACUGCCUCUUCCAUGCAGUGGGCAAACUCCUGAGGGGAGGAAGAGAGGAGCACACAAUGCUGCUGAGGCUGGGGGCCGUGGUGUUCGCUGUUAACCAUCAGAAGCACAUUGUGGAUGAGUUGUAUGGAGAACUAAAGAGAGCUGAUGAGGUCAGUGUGGGAAGAUUUUUUUCGAUGAUAUCUGAUGUAGGACAGGACAAGACUGAUCUCUAUGAAAGGUUGACAGAUGUUGUACAAGAGCAAGCAAGGAAAACCAUGAAUCGUGGUGAAUACUCAGGUAUUCUUCCGAUCAAGUUCCUGGCAGGUUUUGUGAGGUCUCACAUCCUUCUGUAUUGUCCGAAUCCUACUGACAGUAUUGGAUAUGCUGAAUAUAAUAACGUACUGAGGACACCGUGUUCCUGUAUACUGGACAGUAUACCGGACACCCUGCAGCUAGAGGUCAUGUUGGUGGGGGCACCACGCCGCAACCAUUUCGUAGGCCUCGUCCCUACAUCUGAUGACCGAGACGUGACUGAAACUGAUGGAGCCACCAAUGACAGAGCCACAAACGGCAGCGACUACUCUGAUGAAGCCACUGGAUCUGGACCCACAGCAAAGAAAGAGGAUGCCAAAGCCACAUCUCAACCACCAUCUCAGCAUGGUGAAAGGCAACAGUCAGCAGGUAAGCAGAAUCAUGCUUCUAGAUCACAAGGUUGA